GAUAAUGAUAAUAUUAUUAAAAACGGACAACGACGUGAUAAUGAUGAUGAUGAAGAUGAUCCAUUUGAAAUAAUGACUAAAUUAAUGAUCAAAAAUGAUCGUAUGCAACAAUUAUUUGGUAAAGAAAAAACAGAAAAUAGUGAUGAACAACAAUCACAAAAAUCAAUUUUGAUUGAUGAAUUACAAAAAUUAUUGGAUGAUAAAAAAACUGAUCUUUAUAAACAGGAACAGCAACCACAACCACAACAACAACCUAAACAAGAACAACAUCAACAACAACAACAACCUAAACAAGAGCAUCAUCAUCAACAACAACAACCUAAACAAGAACAUCAACCCAAACAAGAACAUCAGCAACAACCUAAGAAUGAAACAAUAAAAAUUUCCACGGAAAAACAAUCAAUUGGUAAAGAAGAAAAUAUUGACAUAAAUCAUAAUGAUAAUAAUGGCCAAGAUAUUGCAACAACAAAUUUACCAGAAACACCAAAAUGGUUAUUAUUCAAUGGAUAUCGAUAUCAAAAACUUUUAGCUGAAGGAACAUAUGGAAAAAUUUUCGUUGCUGAAAAUAUAAAAACUAGUGAAAAAGUUGCAAUCAAACAGAUUGAUCGUAAUAAUAUAUUAAUUAAACAAUGGUUAGAUAGUGGUUGUUUAGAUAGUGAAAUGAAAAUUUCAUUAGCCAUUCGACAUCCAAAUGUGCUUGGUGCUAUUGAUGUUUUAAAAUUUCGUUCAAUUGCAUUUAUGGUGAUGCCAUUAAUUGAAGGUGGAAAUGUGAAACAAAUAAUGUAUGGUCAACGAAAACCAUUCAAUGAAAAACAGGCGAAAAAAUGGUUUUUCGAUUUAUCAAAAGGAUUAAAUUAUCUACAUCGUAAUCGAAUUGUACAUCGUGAUCUAAAAUUAGAUAAUCUUUUUAUUAAUUCACAAAAUGAUCGUUUAAUAAUUGGUGAUUUUGGUUUUUCAAAAAUAUUACCAUCAUCCAUUGAUACAAGUAAUGAUUUAACUAAAAUGCCAACAACAACAACACAAAUAAUAUUUCCAAAUCAAUGUUAUUCACCUUGCGGUACUAUUGAAUAUACAGCACCAGAAGUAAAUUUUAUACGAUUAAAAUAUUUAGAAAAUCCACAUUACAAUAAUGGUCAAGGAUAUGAUGGUAAAGCAGCCGAUAUUUAUUCAAUUGGGGUAUGUUUAUUCGAAAUGUUACAUUUAUAUAAUACAUUUUUAAGACCGGAAGAAUAUUUAUUUGAAAUGGAUUUAUUACAAAAAGUACGUUUAGUUUAUCGACGACAAAUGAGACAUCAAUGGACAAUUAAUCGUCGUGUACAUGUUUCAAAUAAUUGUUCACAACUUUUAUUUAAAUUAUUACAAUUUAAAGCUGAAAAUCGUCCAACAAUAAUUGAAUUACUUGAAUCUGAUCCAUGGUUAUAUAGAAUUAAUAUUCGUGAAAAAGCUAAACGAGAAAAACUUAGACAAAUUACAACAUUAAUACAUGAAUAUAUGGCUAUGAAUGAUGAUGAUGAUAGUGAUAGUGAUAGUGAUGAAAAUGAAAAAAAUAAUAUCAAUAUGAGUAAAGAAAAACAAUUAUUAAUUACAAAAGAAAAAUUUCAAUCAUUACAACAACAACAACCACCGCCAUCACCACAACCACAACCAAAACAAACCUUUUUUACAAAAUUUAUUAAAAGUAUACCGUUAAAAUUAGAUUGGGAAAAACCAAUUAAAACAAAAAAUAAACCAAUUAAACCAUCUAAAACAAGAAUAAGAAAUAUACGUACAUUGGAUCGUUGAUAAAAACAAACAAACAAAAAUCAAAUCAAUUAAAUUAAUUAAAUAAUCAAUUUUAUAAUUUGAAAAUUGUGAAAUUUUUAAAAAUAUUU